AUGGCUCAGCCCCAAGUCCGCCUUACCCCAAACGGUUACGAGUACGGCCCCGCCCCUCACUCCGCCAAACCCUCCGCCUCUGCCGACUCUGGCAAAGACGGCCAGGUGGCUCCCUUCCCCAAUCCCAGGGCUGAGGGGUACCACGAGUACCUGCCGCAGCAGCCAUACCCUAUCGGCUCGCUCUUGCCAGCUGAGAAGUUCAAGCAGAACGCGAAGCCGCCAAAGCUCUUUGAUGCGUUGACCAUCCGGGGGGUGGAGUUCCCGAACAGGGCUUGGGUGUCGCCUAUGUGCCAGUACUCCUCGGACUUUGGAAAGGCUACCGACCACCACUUUGUCCACCUUGGCUCCAUGGCCAUGCGUGGCUGGGGGAACAUCAUGGUCGAGGCUUCGGCUGUCGUUCCCGAGGGCCGGAUCACCCCGGAAGACUCGGGUAUCUGGUCCGACGACCACAUCCCCGGCUUCAAGCGGAUCGUCGACUACGUGCACGGUCUCAACAGCAAGAUCGGCAUCCAGCUCGCACAUGCUGGUCGCAAAGCAUCGACCCUCGCGCCAUGGGUCCAGAUGAUCGCUGGCGAUUCGGGAUGGCAAGGCGGGUCCGUCGCCAGCGAUGCCAACGGUGGUUGGGGCAGUGGAGUCAUGGGUCCCUCAGACAUCUCGUAUAAUGAGGGCAACUACCCGGACGUUGUCGCUGCUUCCUCCGAGUACAUUGAGGAUCUCAAGAAGGCGUUCCUCGAGGCCGUCGAGCGGUGUAAGACCAUCGGAUUCGACUUCAUUGAGCUGCACGGGGCGCACGGGUAUCUCUUCCACGAGUUCACCUCACCUCUCUCCAACCGCCGUACCGACAACUACGGCGGCAACCUCGAGAACCGUCUUCGCCUCCCCCUCGAGGUCACCAAGGCUGUCCGUGCGGCAUGGGAUGGACCGCUCUUCUACCGUCUCUCCGCGUCUGACUGGCUCGAGGAGGUCGACGGACCCGAGAAGGCCCACCCGGGAGAGAAGGAGGAGUGGGGAUGGUGGGGUAUCGAGCAGACUACCAUCUUUGCUGCGCAGCUGAGGGAUCUCGGCGUGGAUCUCCUCGACGUCAGUUCGGGCGGCAAUGACAAGCGACAGAAGAUCACCGUUGGACCAAAGUACCAGGUCCCCUUCGCCGCGCACGUCAAGAAGAACGUACCGAACCUCCUCGUUGGCGCCGUCGGGAUCAUCACCGAGGCGGAAGAGUCCAACUCCAUCAUCGAGGACGGCGAGGCAGAUGUCGUCUUCAUGGCUCGGGAGGUGUUGAGGGAUAUCGACUUCCCGCUCAAGGCGGCGCAGACGCUCGGUGUGGCGGUGGCACCGGCUGUGCAGUACGAGCGCGCCUGGACUCGGAUGGUCGUUGUCAAGGAGCCAGGAGAGACCAAGACGAAGAAGCACAGGAACCCCGAGGUGGAGGGUGAGGAGGGUAGGGCGGAUGACCACAAGGAGGAGAACCCUCACCAGUCCAUCCCUUAA